GGAAGUCUUGACAGCCACUCCAAAUCCUGACACUCAUAUAAACACAUGAAUUCCUAGAUCCUUUCUAGGCCUUCAGCAGCAAAGAUGAUGGAAAUUACAGAGCUUCAGAGUGAUCCUUUAAAAUUGCUGUGAUUCUGAUGGUACCAAUUUCAUCUGUUGUAGAAAUGGGUGUUGGGCUUGUUGGCUUUGGGAUAUUCUUCCUCCUGUUUGGUGUAUUGUUGUACAUGGAUUCAGUGCUCCUGGCCUUUGGAAAUAUCUUGUUCCUGUGUGGCUUAGCUAUUAUAAUUGGACUAAGAAGAACUUUUGGAUUCUUCUUCCAAAAGCAGAAGCUUAAGGGAACCAGUUUCUUUCUAGGAGGCAUAAUCAUCGUUCUGCUUCGGUGGCCUCUACUGGGCAUGCUGCUGGAGACCUAUGGUUUCAUUAACCUCUUCAGGAGCUUUUUCCCAAUUGCUUUUGGAUUUCUGGGAUCACUGGUGAAUGUCUCAUUUUUGAAUAAGCUGUUUCAGAAAUUGGGAGACACCACCUCUGCAGUGUAACUUGGAUGAAUGGCAUGUUACCAGAGACAAUUUCCCUUCCUACAAGCACAGACAUUUCUUAUGAAUAGCCUGUUGCCUCCACAGUGCUAUCUUAUUUAGUGCUACUUUAAAUAUUACAUAUAAUCUGCCUACCCUCUGGAACAUUCUCCCUUCAGAGAUUAGGAUGGCCCUGACCCUGUCAGCCUUUCGUAAGACCUUGAAGACCUGGUUAUGUGCCCAGGCUCGGGGUCCUGAGUGUGUUAAGGGCCCCGUUUCCUGGUUAUGUCUAUAUCUAUGGAUAUAAUUUUAAUUUUUUUUUUUGUAUUGUGCUUGUAAUUUGGUUUAAAUUGAUUUUAUGAUUGUUUACCACCCAGAGUCACUUGUCUGAGAUGGGUGGCCAUAUAACUUGAAUGAAUGAAUGAAUGAUCAAUCACUUUCAAUUGUGUAUAAGGUCAUCGUUAGAAUCAUUCCUUGUAUAAUGAGCAAUUAUAAUGGGGUUUCCACCUUCUGAUGCUGGUUUAUACACUCCUGAUGUUGACUCUUUUUUUUUUAAUCCAUUCAAUCAUGUCCAAUUCUCCGAGACUGCCUAGACAAGUUCCAGGAGUUUUCUUGGCAAGGUUUUUCAGAAGUGGUUUGCCAUUGCCUCAUUCCUAGAUGGUGGCUAUACUGUAGCUUUUAAAUAUACAAAAACACACCUCAAUGAUCUUCAGUACCUGGAAGUAUCAUGCUGUGUCACAAGUGCUUGACAGCAACACACCCAGCAUUUAGAAAAUAUCAACAUGUUUGCAGAAAUAUAUCUGAAUGGGAUCUUCAAUAUCCAAACAAUUGCAGUGGAAUGGAUAAAUGCUAGCUUCUUUCACUUGAUGUGAUGUAUCAGUGCCAAUUUCUUUCUAUUUGUAGAUUGUGGUCAAACUCUAACCCUCACCCUAAUCAAAAUAGGCUCAUAGAUGCAGUGAGCAGUCUCCAACAAUACUGUCCCAAGGCCAAUAAUUUCUAUCAUCUUCAGUUCUUUAAAGUCUCUAUUCAAAGGAGACAAUACAAUAAAAGCAGAGGAGGAUUUGGUCAGAUAAAAUUAGAAAUAGUAACUUACCAGAAAAAUUUAAAAAGAGUAUAAUAGAACAAAGCUUAAAGGAAUAUGUUCAUUUCCCUGACAUUUUUGCAAUUUAUUCUUUUUUCUCUAGGCAAGUUCAUCAAAGGAAGGGAAAAAUAAAUUUAGGGGUACAAAUAUAAUUUGGGAUUUCCUAUUUCAAAGUUUAUGACUAAAAAGGAUGUAGGGGACAGGUUUUUAAAUAAUGUAUAUUUUCCAAUACAUUCUAUGUAACAGAACAAUAUUUGAUCUCCAGUGCAAAUAAUUUGUGGUCUUUGAUGCAAAUAUUUUUCUAUUUUUAUUUAACAAUGCUACAUUGUAAAAAUAAAUUAUAUUAAUUAAAA